AGAACGACGACAUACGACAUCUCACAGAUAGCCAGCGAUGACCACACCGACGGUGAGUGUCAGCCGUAUAAACACACCCCCGAGUGGGUCAUGAAUACGGCGUUUAUCGGACAAGUGGACCGCCGUAUAGUGAACCCUAUAGACAUGAAAGAGGUGUUGCACCACAAGUCCAAUACGUCCAACACAUCGAUGACCACAUCCACUGAUAUCAGGACUGUAGGACUGAGUCCAUCGCCCGGCCCACCGCCGCAGAUAAUUAACGGUGCAAUCAAUGCCAAUACGCCUAAUCUGGUCAAACCGCAUAUCAUUAACGGUCGUACCGGUGCUCACCAUAGGCACCACCACCACAACCUACCCGCCUAUCGUAUGGUUGAGCCCAUACUUGAGGACAGUUGUGAGGAACUCAAUGAGAUUAAGGACAAGAAGUGCGUCGAAGGGACGGGUAGACAGACGACCGCUCACCACAUGAAUGUUGCCAAAACACGGCAUACCCUGUGGGACGACCCUCCGGUUUGCUAUCGCACCGCCAAUGAGUCGAUCAAUGAGUCGUUUAUAUAA